UCGUGACUGGCAACGUCGUUUCGUUCGUCCGUCGCCGAAAGAAAUCGAGAAUUUUAGAAGAUUUUUGGAUUCUACUGCCCCACAAGGCAGUGCAGCUUCUUCUUCUUAGCCGCGGCGCGGGUGUGUGUGCGUGUGUGCCCCUCUCUCUCACUGUGUGCGUACGUCGUGUGUGUGUGUGUGCAGAAGAAUCCCCCCACCCACUUCAUACAAAAAAUUCAUAAAAAAUAAUUGCAAAAGAAAGAAUCUCGCUUGCCAAGAAGAAGAAACGUAUUGAUCAUAUUUAUAAACAAACAGCACACAGCCAAACAAAUCAAAAAGGACUAAACGAACGUAUAAUAUAACUGUUUAUUAUUUUUUUCGAGUGCAUUUUUGUUCGCUAAAAUAUGUGCGCGUGUAUGAGUGUCAAGUGUAAACAACAACAGCAACAUCAAAAGCAACAACAGCGACAGCAAACAUGUGCAAAAUAAGCCACAGCCAAAAAGCAACAACAGCAACAACAUAAUGAUAAUGGCUUGAAAAAAUCACACACACAACAACAACAGGCAACAACCAAAACAACAACAUCAUACCCUCACCAUUCAACAAACAACUACAACAAAAUCCCCCACACAACAACAAGAAGAAACCCCCUUCCAAGAAAUCAAAAAAUUCUUUUUCGGAACUAAAGUGAACAAAAUACAAAACAUAACAUAACCAUAAUAAUAAUAAUAACACACAGAAAUUGGCUUAUUUAUGAAUUUUUUUGAGCACGUAACAAGAAACAUACUACUUAAGGUGUAAAUGUGAUGACUAAAAACGAAAACCAUUAAAUAACAACUAACUAACAAGUAAAAUCGAAACGACAACAGAACAGAAUAAUGCCAGGCCUUAUUAGCCCCAAAUUGGUAGAAUCCAAAAACUGAAAAACCCCAAAAAACCUAAGCAAAAACUGACUGAGAAUUAUUGAAUUAACCCAAGAAAGCCCACGAAUGCAGCCAACAUUGCCACAAGCCGCUGGGACAGCCGAUAUGGAUCUGACGGCUGUUCAAUCAAUCAACGAUUGGUUUUUCAAAAAGGAGCAAAUUUAUUUAUUGGCACAGUUUUGGCAACAGCGCGCAACCCUUGCCGAAAAGGAAGUGAACACACUCAAAGAGCAGCUAUCCACCGGCAAUCCCGAAAGCAACCUCAACAGCGAAAACAGCGAUACAGCGGCAGCGGCAGCAACAGCAGCAGCAGUUGCAGCAGUUGUUGCAGGAGCAACAGCAACAAACGACAUCGAGGACGAGCAGCAGCAACAGUUGCAGCAGACGGCCAGCGGCGGCAUUUUGGAAAGCGACAGCGACAAGCUGCUGAACAGCUCCAUUGUUGCAGCGGCCAUAACGCUGCAGCAGCAGAACGGCAGCAAUCUGCUGGCCAACACAAACACGCCGUCGCCCUCGCCGCCGUUGCUCAGCGCCGAGCAGCAGCAGCAGUUGCAGAGCAGUUUGCAACAGAGCGGCGGUGUUGGCGGCGCCUGCCUCAAUCCCAAGCUUUUCUUCAAUCACGCCCAGCAGAUGAUGAUGAUGGAGGCGGCAGCCGCGGCAGCAGCGGCGGCAUUGCAACAGCAGCAGCAACAGCAAUCACCCCUCCAUUCGCCGGCGAAUGAAGUUGCGAUUCCCACAGAACAGCCAGCGGCAACGGUAGCAACAGGAGCCGCUGCUACAGCAGCCGCAGCAGCAACACCGAUUGCAACUGGCAACGUCAAGAGCGGCAGCACCACCAGCAACGUCAAUCACACCAACAGCAACAAUAGUCACCAGGACGAGGAGGAGCUGGACGAAGAGGAGGAGGAGGAGGAGGAUGAGGACGAGGAUGAUGAGGAGGAGAAUGCCUCGAUGCAAUCGAAUGCUGAUGACAUGGAGCUGGAUGCGCAGCAAGAAACCAGAACUGAGCCAAGUGCAACAACACAACAGCAGCAUCAGCAGGAUGCAGAGGAUCUUGAGGAGAACAAGGAUGCGGGGGAGGCUAGUUUAAAUGUUAGCAAUAAUCACAAUACAACCGAUAGCAAUAAUAGUUGUAGUCGAAAGAACAACAAUGGCGGCAACGAAAGUGAGCAACAUGUGGCCAGUUCGGCGGAGGACGAUGAUUGCGCCAACAACAAUACAAAUACCAGCAAUAACAACAAUACCAGCAACACCGCCACCAGCAACACGAACAACAACAAUAAUAACAACAGCAGCAGCGGCAACAGCGAGAAGCGCAAGAAGAAGAACAAUAACAACAACAACGGCCAGCCUGCUGUUCUAUUAGCUGCCAAAGAUAAAGAGAUUAAAGCACUUCUGGACGAACUGCAGCGCUUGAGGGCGCAGGAGCAGACGCAUCUGGUGCAGAUCCAGAGACUGGAGGAACAUCUUGAGGUCAAGCGUCAGCACAUCAUUCGAUUGGAGGCACGUCUGGAUAAGCAGCAAAUUAAUGAGGCGCUGGCCGAGGCGACCGCUUUGUCAGCUGCCGCCGCAACCAACAACAACAAUAAUAGCCAGAGCAACGACAACAAUAAGAAGCUUAAUACCGCUGCAGAAAGAGCGAUGGAUGCGUCAUCAUCCAUUGCCGAUCUACCGGAGUCCACAAAGGCUCCAGUUCCGACGGAGGAUGACGAAGAAGAUGAGGAUCAGGCCAUGCUGGUGGAUUCCGAGGAAGCGGAGGACAAGCCAGAGGACUCACAUCACGAUGACGACGAAGAUGAGGACGAGGAUCGGGAGGCGGUCAAUGCCACCACAACCGAUAGCAACGAGCUCAAAAUCAAAAAGGAACAGCACAGUCCGCUGGAUCUAAAUGUGCUCAGUCCGAAUUCGGCCAUUGCCGCUGCAGCUGCGGCCGCCGCUGCCGCCGCCUGCGCUAAUGACCCCAACAAAUUCCAGGCUCUGCUCAUCGAGCGGACCAAAGCCUUGGCCGCAGAGGCGCUCAAGAAUGGUGCCAGCGAUGCCCUCAGCGAAGAAACCAACCGAAAUCAUGAAGACGAAGACGAAGUGUCGCCAGCAGCAACUGCAACUGCAACACUCGCAACGCCUGCAACAGUGGCAACACCAAUUGAAACACUGGCCACCGAUUCGGAAGCAAAAGCCAGCAAUGACAUGGCGACCAAGCAGGAAAUCGAAGAAGUGGAUGAUGAGGAUACCACCGAUGAACCGGUAAUCCUGCCGGAGCAACUAGUCAACGACUAUUGGCGACGGGGCUUUGUCGAAUCGGGGAAUAACACUAAUACGAGCACCGCUGCAAUGCCAGGGAGCAAAACGCCAACAAUUUAUCAAAAUUUUAAGGUCGAGCAGCAGGCACAGUUGCUGCCGCCACCGCCGCCACCACCACCACCCCCGCAGCAACAAAAUCAACAGCAGCAACAACAACAUCUACACUUUUCACAGCAACAACAACAACAACAUCAGCAGCAACAUGGACCAUCGUCCACAGCCCUGCUUAGUCAACUGGUUAACUCAACAUUUUCCAACUCUUCCAACUCUUCUCGCCUAGAUGCCCACCAUCAGCAGCACCACCAACAGCAGCACCACCACCAGCAACAACACCACCAGCAACAGCACCUCCACCAGCAACAUCACCAUCACCUGCAACAACCAAGCAGCGGCAGCAACAGCAAUCCAGCGAACAACGACCACCAUCAUGGACACCAUUUGCAUGGCCAUGGCUUGCUGCAUUCUUCGGCGGCGCACCAUCUGCACCACCAGACGACCGAAUCUAAUUCGAAUUCGAGUACACCCACAGCGGCGGGAAAUAACAAUGGUAGCAACAACAGCUCCAGCAACACAAAUGCCAAUAGUACCGCUCAAUUGGCCGCCAGUUUGGCCAGUACACUCAAUGGCAGCAAGUCCCUGAUGCAGGAGGAUAGCAAUGGCUUGGCCGCCGCCGCCAUGGCGGCUCAUGCCCAACAUGCGGCAGCCUUGGGACCAGGAUUUUUGCCCGGCCUUCCAGCCUUUCAGUUUGCCGCCGCCCAAGUGGCCGCCGGUGGCGAUGGACGGGGUCAUUACCGUUUCGCCGACUCGGAACUGCAAUUGCCACCGGGUGCUUCGAUGGCCGGUCGUCUUGGAGAAUCGCUCAUACCCAAGGGUGAUCCCAUGGAGGCCAAGCUUCAGGAGAUGUUGCGCUACAACAUGGACAAGUACGCCAAUCAGGCGCUGGAUACCCUGCACAUUUCGCGACGUGUCCGCGAACUGCUAUCGGUGCACAACAUUGGCCAGCGACUAUUUGCCAAAUACAUACUGGGCCUGUCGCAGGGCACCGUUUCCGAGCUGCUGAGCAAACCCAAGCCGUGGGACAAGUUGACGGAGAAGGGACGCGAUAGCUACCGUAAAAUGCACGCCUGGGCCUGUGACGAUAAUGCCGUCAUGCUGCUUAAAUCGCUGAUACCCAAGAAAGAUUCUGGACUGCCGCAGUAUGCUGGUCGUGGAGCCGGCGGCGCUGGCGGCGAUGAUUCCAUGUCCGAGGAUAGGAUUGCACAUAUCCUCAGCGAAGCCUCUUCGCUGAUGAAACAGAGCAGUGUGGCCCAGCAUCGGGAACAGGAGCGUCGCAGUCACGGCGGCGAGGAUUCACACAGCAACGAGGACAGCAAAUCGCCACCGCAGAGCUGCACGUCGCCGUUCUUCAAGGUGGAACAGCAGCUGAAGCAGCACCAGCAUCUUAAUCCCGAGCAGGCUGCUGCCGCUCAGCAAAGGGAAAGGGAACGCGAGCAACGAGAACGGGAGCAGCAGCAGCGACUGCGGCACGACGACCAAGACAAGAUGGCUCGUCUCUACCAGGAGCUGAUUGCACGCACCCCGCGUGAGACGGCUUUUCCAAGCUUUCUCUUCUCACCCUCGCUAUUUGGAGGAGCUGCUGGCAUGCCAGGAGCAGCCAGCAAUGCCUUUCCCGCCAUGGCCGAUGAAAAUAUGCGUCACGUCUUUGAACGUGAGAUUGCCAAGCUGCAGCAGCACCAACAGCAACAACAAGCUGCCCAGGCUCAGGCACAGUUCCCCAACUUCUCGAGCCUGAUGGCUCUGCAACAGCAGGUUCUCAACGGAGCCCAGGAUCUCUCGUUAGCUGCCGCUGCAGCCAAGGACAUCAAGUUGAACGGUCAGCGAUCCUCGUUGGAGCACAGUGCCGGCAGCAGCAGUUGUUCAAAAGAUGGCGAACGAGAUGAUGCGUAUCCAAGUUCCCUACAUGGUCGCAAAUCCGAGGGAGGUGGCACACCCGCACCACCUGCCCCACCAUCUGGCCCAGGAGCCGGAGCAGGAGCCCCACCCACAGCAGCACCACCAACCGGGGGUGCCAGCAGCAAUUCGGCAGCACCCAGUCCCCUAAGCAAUUCAAUCCUUCCACCGGCAUUGAGCAGCCAAGGGGAGGAGUUCGCCGCGACAGCAAGUCCUUUGCAGCGAAUGGCCUCGAUCACCAAUUCACUGAUUACCCAACCCCCGGUGACGCCGCACCACAGUACGCCACAGCGACCCACCAAGGCGGUUCUGCCACCGAUCACCCAGCAACAGUUCGAUAUGUUCAACAACCUUAACACCGAGGAUAUAGUCAGACGUGUGAAGGAGGCCCUGUCGCAGUACUCCAUCUCCCAGCGAUUGUUCGGCGAGUCCGUGCUGGGUUUGUCGCAGGGAUCGGUCUCCGAUUUACUGGCUAGACCCAAGCCAUGGCACAUGCUCACUCAAAAGGGCCGUGAACCCUUCAUUCGCAUGAAGAUGUUCCUUGAGGAUGAGAACGCGGUGCACAAACUGGUGGCCAGUCAAUACAAGAUUGCCCCCGAGAAGCUAAUGCGAACGGGCAGUUACAGUGGAAGUCCGCAGAUGCCACAGGGAUUGGCAAGCAAAAUGCAGGCUGCCUCCUUGCCCAUGCAGAAGAUGAUGAGCGAACUCAAGCUGCAGGAACCAGCACAGGCGCAGCACUUAAUGCAACAAAUGCAGGCGGCGGCCAUGUCGGCAGCAAUGCAGCAGCAGCAAGUGGCGCAAGCGCAGCAGCAGGCUCAGCAGGCGCAACAGGCACAACAGCAUUUGCAGCAGCAGGCGCAGCAGCAUUUGCAACAGCAGCAACAUCUCGCCCAGCAGCAACACCCCCAUCAGCAGCACCAUCAAGCAGCCGCAGCGGCUGCCGCAUUGCACCACCAAAGCAUGCUUCUGACCUCGCCCGGACUGCCACCCCAGCAUGCCAUCAGCCUGCCACCUUCAGCGGGUGGAGCCCAACCAGGGGGUCCUGGUGGUAAUCAGGGUAGCUCAAAUCCCUCAAACAGCGAAAAGAAACCCAUGCUGAUGCCGGUUCAUGGCACAAAUGCCAUGAGAAGUUUACACCAGCACAUGUCGCCCACCGUUUACGAAAUGGCCGCUUUAACCCAAGAUCUGGACACCCACGACAUCACCACCAAGAUCAAGGAGGCGUUGUUGGCCAACAAUAUUGGCCAGAAAAUAUUUGGCGAAGCCGUUUUGGGACUUUCCCAGGGAUCCGUAUCUGAGCUGCUGAGCAAACCGAAGCCCUGGCACAUGCUCUCCAUCAAGGGCAGGGAACCCUUCAUCCGGAUGCAAUUGUGGCUCAGUGAUGCCAACAAUGUGGAACGAUUGCAGUUGCUGAAGAAUGAGCGACGCGAGGCCAGCAAACGAAGGAGGAGCACGGGCCCGAACCAACAGGACAAUAGUAGCGAUACCUCCAGCAAUGAUACCAAUGACUUCUAUACCAGCAGUCCGGGUCCAGGAUCCGUCGGUUCGGGUGUCGGUGGUGCUCCGCCGAGCAAAAAGCAGCGUGUCCUCUUCUCCGAGGAGCAAAAGGAGGCACUCCGUCUGGCAUUCGCCUUGGAUCCGUAUCCAAAUGUGGGCACCAUCGAGUUUCUGGCCAAUGAGUUGGGCUUGGCAACGCGGACGAUCACCAACUGGUUCCACAAUCAUCGCAUGCGAUUGAAGCAACAGGUGCCACACGGACCUGCCGGUCAAGAUAAUCCGAUACCGAGUCGCGAGAGUACAAGUGCCACGCCCUUCGAUCCCGUCCAAUUCCGCAUUCUGCUGCAGCAGCGUCUACUGGAGCUCCACAAGGAACGAAUGGGCAUGAGCGGUGCCCCCAUUCCCUAUCCGCCGUACUUUGCUGCCGCUGCCAUUUUGGGCCGCAGUCUGGCGGGGAUUCCCGGUGCGGCAGCGGCCGCAGGAGCAGCUGCAGCAGCCGCCGCAGUUGGCGCCUCUGGCGGUGAUGAGUUGCAGGCCCUGAAUCAGGCCUUCAAGGAGCAGAUGAGCGGUCUGGAUCUGUCGAUGCCCACCUUAAAGCGGGAACGCAGCGAUGACUAUCAGGACGAUUUGGAACUGGAGGGCGGUGGCCACAAUCUUAGCGACAACGAAUCGCUGGAGGGUCAGGAGCCGGAGGACAAGACCACCGACUACGAGAAGGUGCUGCACAAAUCCGCUUUGGCCGCUGCCGCCGCUUACAUGUCCAAUGCAGUGCGGAGCUCACGACGAAAGCCAGCUGCCCCACAGUGGGUCAAUCCCGCCGGAGCGGUGACCAAUCCAAGUGCUGUAGUUGCAGCCGUUGCUGCGGCCGCAGCUGCCGCGGCGGACAAUGAACGAAUCAUCAACGGGGUGUGCGUGAUGCAGGCCUCCGAGUACGGCCGCGAUGAUACUGAUAGCAACAAGCCAACGGACGGCGGCAAUGAUUCCGAUCAUGAGCACGCCCAGCUGGAGAUCGAUCAGCGUUUCAUGGAACCGGAGGUGCACAUCAAACAGGAAGAGGACGACGAUGAGGAGCAAUCGGGAUCGGUUAAUCUGGACAACGAGGACAAUGCGACUAGCGAGCAAAAACUGAAGGUGAUCAACGAAGAGAAGCUGCGAAUGGUCCGAGUUCGCCGGCUGAGCAGCACUGGUGGUGGUUCCUCUGAGGAAAUGCCAGCUCCCCUCGCACCACCGCCUCCUCCACCAGCAACUUCUUCUAUCGUCAGUGGAGAAAGCACCACCAGCAGCAGCAGUAGUAGCAGCAGCAACACCAGCAGCAGCACACCAGCGGUAACGACUGUAGCUGCAACUGCGGCAGCCGGUUGGAACUAUUAAAGUAAAACAAUUAACAGAACUAAAUAUGAAUUCAGUGCAAUGUGUAGAGAAGCGGAGAUGAAAACGCGUUUACUUGUGAUUAAGUUUGAAUGUUUAAGCGAUGUGAGGACCCAGGAGAUAUGCAUACAUACAUAUAAAUAGCACUUAGGCUUUAGAAAACUAUUUUUUUUUUGUUUUUUUUUAUUAAACAUUAACUACUAAAUAUAGGCGUUAGUUGUAGCCGUUAAGGUAGCCUUAGGUUUGAGGAGUUGUAAUAGUUGUAGCUAAAAGUUUAGAGACGCUAUGCGAUGAUGAUAAUUAUGAUGAGAGAGCAGCGCAAAAGUAUUAAUGAGAAAAUAAACCCCAUUUAAGAACCCCGACUUGCCGAAGAACUUUAACCAAAAUGUCGAGAUCCGAUUGAUAGUGAAAGAUUUGAUCUUGCAAAGAUUUUCGAUUUCGAUUUUUCGAUUUGUUUCUACUUGAAGACUGUAAGCAAAGGCGGUAGGAUUGAUAACUACAAACGUAAUUCUAUUCUACAUACAUUUUUUUUGAGAAACUAUUAUAUGAUUAUUAGCAGUUUAGCUGGUUAAGUGUAAAUAAAUAAUUAAAUGAAUGAUGAUGACGAUUGAUGGUGUACAUAGAUUUCUCGCGAGGCAUGAUCUUGCUGUCGUUCUUCCUAAAAAAAUCCUACCUUCUACCACCCUCAGCAACCGACUUGUUUAACUAUCUUUUGAUCUCAAGCAAAAAACAAAACAAAACUAAUACGAAACGAAACAAAACAAUGCAGAAAUUGAAAGGGAAAUGUGGAAGGCAUGGAGUGAAAAUCCAAAGUAAAAGAUAGUUAAAAGAAAGCUGAUUUGCAGCGAGCAGAAAAGUUUUCCCCUAUUUUGUUGCCCAAAUAAAAUAUAAAUAUGUCGAUGAGGAAAGGAAAGGCAAAUCGAGAAAAAAAAUAUAUAACAAUAAUCUUUGUAAAUUCUGAAUUUACAUAAAAAAUCACACACAUAAAAUACACCUACACAACAAAAACACACACACAAAUUGAGUAAUUCAUAAUUAUAGCAAAAAUAAACAUGCAAAAUGCACUAAAUUAUUUAUAAUCUAAUUAUUCUAUACAUAAUUAUAUAUGAUUAUACAUAUGCAUAUAAAGCGAAAAAUGGAAAAUUUAUCAACUUAGCCUAACGGUAAUUUAAAUUUGCAUUAAACCCUAGCAUAAAUAACAACAAUUUUUUUCUGUGAAUCUAAAAUAUUUAAAGAUAAAAAUAAAAAACACAAACCGCAUAUCGUACUAAAGAAAUUACACAAAAGAAAAAAUAUAAAAAAAAAUAAGAAAUCAAUAAGCUAAGACAGCCAAUUUUUUUUGCCUAGAUCUUAAGUUUACAACGUAAUCGUAAUAUUAAAUAAAUUACAAAAUAAACAAACAAAAAAAUAAAAAAUAAUCUGUUUUCCUAUAUGAACAAGAGACAACAUAGAAAACCAAGAAGAGCAAAAAAACAAAUUUUAAGAAAUAUUUAAACCUUUUUUUUCCUAGGCUAAAUGUUUAAGCUAAACAAAAAACAGAUUUCUCAAACCAAAAAAGCUAAAUAAAUUAAAAUUACACGAAACCAUUUUUGCAUAGGCCCAAAAUUUGCCGCGUUAUUAUUAUUAUUAUUACAUACAUAUAUA